GUCUCCUUUUAGUAGGCUGUAGUAGUAGUCGAGGUAGAUGCUGCUGACAUGGGAAGAUCCCAACCGUGCACGAACCGAUCAGACGGUUCCAGAAUUCCAGUGUAGGACCCACAGAGAGGUUUAAAAGCCUCGAGAAGAGAGAGAGAGAGAGAGGAUUUUAGAGAGUGUGCGUGUGUGAACGAGGAAGGAAACUAGGGGGAGAGUACAUUGAAUGCGAUCCGACAGAUUUCACCAAACCCCCGUCCGACGGCAUAAGGACGAGUUAAGAGGGGUGGAGGGAUGGAUUGUACGGGCGUUGAAAACCAUUUUCAAAACUUCACUCUGCUGCUUCUCUUUCUCCAUUCCCAGCGCCACUCGCACUCGGUAGUAGCAGUAGCAGCAACCCCAGCGGUGGUGGUGGUGCUGCUGCUGGGCUCGCACCGCCUCCAUCUGUAGCCACUUCCUCCGCUGACGACGGUCGCAGUACAAUGCCUAACUGUCGCCACCGACUUCCCCCCUGCCGUCGGUGACAGGUUUCUCAACAACUAAAGAAGAGCAGCUGGUGGUGAUCAUUUAAAAUGGAAUCUGACACUAGAGGCAGUGGAUCAGGUGAGGACCUAGAUGCAUCUGAUCCUCAGAGGAAGAAGCGGUACCAUCGCCACACUGCUCGUCAGAUUCAGGCACUUGAAGCGAUGUUCAAGGAGUGUCCCCACCCAGAUGAAAAACAACGCAUGCAACUAAGCAGGGAUUUGGGGCUAGAGCCUCGCCAAAUAAAAUUUUGGUUUCAAAACAGGAGAACACAGAUGAAGGCACAACAUGAACGUGCGGAUAAUUGUGCCCUUCGGGCAGAGAAUGAUAAGAUCAGGUGUGAGAACAUAGCAAUCAGAGAGGCACUGAAGAAUGUAAUCUGCCCAUCAUGUGGUGGUCCUCCUGUGGGGGAUGACAUGUAUUUUGAUGAACAAAAGCUGCGAAUGGAGAAUGCCCGACUGAGAGAAGAGCUUGAUAGGGUAUCUAGCAUUGCAGCAAAGUACAUUGGAAGGCCUAUUUCACAACUCCCAACUAUUCAACCUAUUCCAGUUUCUUCAUUGGAUUUAUCAGUAGGGAGUUUUGGUGGUCAAGGAAUGGUUGGGCCUUCUCUUGAUCUUGAUCUUCUUCCAGGAAGUUCUUCAGUUCCACAGUUUCCGUUUCAGACAGUAGUAAUCUCGGAGAUGGACAAGCCACUAAUGGCAGAAAUAGCUGCGAAUGCCCUGGAUGAAUUAAUCAGACUUUUGCAGACAGAUGAACCUUUGUGGAUGAAGUCUACAACUGACGGGAGGGAUGUUCUUGACCUUGAAAACUAUGAACGAACUUUUCCAAGACCUAAUCGGAUGAAAAACCCCAAUGUUCAGAUUGAGGCAUCAAGAGACUCAGGUGUGGUGAUUAUGAAUGGUUUGGCAUUAGUUGACAUGUUUAUGAAUUCGAACAAAUGGGUUGAGUUGUUCCCUACUAUCGUCUCUAAGGCGAGGACCGUUGAAGUACUUUCCUCUGGGAUGAUUGGAAAUCGAAGUGGUUCUUUACAACUGAUUUAUGCAGAAUUGCAGGUGCUCUCACCUCUUGUGUCAACUCGAGAACUCUACUUUCUCCGUUAUUGUGAACAAAUUGAGCAAGGCUUGUGGGCAAUAGUGGAUGUGUCCUUUGAUUCCUCCCGAGAAAACCAAUUCCUCUCAUCUUCUCAUUGUCGAAGGCUUCCCUCUGGAUGCUUGAUUCAAGACAUGCCCAAUGGAUAUUCCAAGAUCUCUUGGGUGGAACAUAUGGAAUUGGAAGAGAAGACCUCUACUCAUAGGCUUUAUAGAGAUUUAGUUUACAGUGGGAUGGCAUUUGGAGCUGAAAGAUGGCUUGCAACACUGCAGAGGAUGUGUGAAAGAUUUGCUUGCCAGAUGGUGACAUCUACCUCUGCUCGAGAUCUUGGAGGAGUGAUCCCUUCAGCUGAAGGAAGGAGAAGCAUGAUGAAGCUUGCCCAGAGAAUGAUUAAUAGUUUUUGUGCUAGCAUAAGUGCAUCAAAUGGUCACCGUUGGACUACACUUUCUGGACUGAAUGACAUUGGUGUUCGGGUAACUGUUCACAAGAGUACAGAAGCUGGCCAGCCUAAUGGUGUGGUCCUCAGUGCCACAACCUCUAUAUGGCUUCCGGUUUCUCCUCAAAAUGUCUUCAAUUUCUUUCGAGACGAGAGGACUCGAGCUCAGUGGGAUGUUCUUUCAAAUGGUAACUCAGUCCAAGAGGUUGCCCAUAUUGCAAAUGGAUCACAUCCAGGAAACUGUAUAUCUGUUCUUCGGGCUUUUAAUGCUAGCCAGAACAAUAUGUUGAUACUUCAGGAAAGUUGUACAGAUUCAUCAGGAUCACUGGUUGUCUAUUCUCCUGUGGAUCUUACAGCCAUUAAUAUAGCAAUGAGUGGGGAGGACCCAUCUCACAUCAGUCUACUGCCAUCAGGAUUCACUAUUUCUCCGGAUGGGCAGUUGGACCAAGUAAUGGGAGCAUCAACAAGUUCAUUGCAAGGGAGUAUGAGCAAGUCAAGUGGAUCACUCAUAACUGUAGCAUUUCAGAUUCUUGUGAGCAGCUUGCCAUCUGCAAAGUUGAACCUAGAGUCAGUGACAACGGUUAAUAAUCUUAUCAGCACCACUGUCCAGCAAAUCAAAGCUGCCUUGAAUUGUCCCAGUUCCUGAUGAUCUACUAUUAAAAUGGUCCUGCUUCACAGCUCUCUUUAUCUGCUCUUUACCCUCUUGAAGACAACAGAACUCGGGCUCUUGCUGGCUACAUUCAAAAGGGAGAGGUAUUUGGUUGGGUGGUUGUAUUUGAAUGCUUUCAUCAAGAGCUGAAAUGGGUCCAUCAUCUAUUUCUGCUUCCUCUUCCAAAGCUCGUAAUUUAGAUUUCUACAACAGCACUUUCACAUUUUACCUUGAAAGAGAAGUCCUUAAAGAGGGAGUCAAGAACGCACCAUAGCUGUCUUUUCCUUGCUGUGUCGACUCAUCUUUCUUUUUCUCCUUCACACUUUCUGUAGUAGUUUUUCCAUCUCUUCUUUUAAAUCCUCCUUUAUUCACUCUUCCUUUUUAAUUUCUCGCUCAAUCUGGCAGUUUUCUAUCAUCACCACUCUGCCUCAUUUCCAACACAGCAAGAGUAAUGGUUCGGGUAUUGACUUCUGUCCAGGAACUACUUUUUCAUCUAUGGAUAUUGCAUACUAUGUGGAAAAUUUCCCAGUUUAUACUCUUUUGAGGCUCCUCUUAGUGGUUGUUUAUCUGAAGAGAAAAUCUCCUCAGUUUUGAAUUCA